AUGGCUACCAAAUUCCCUGCAGAAAAUAUGGCAGAGAACGGGCGGCCAGUAUUACGAUCUUCGCGUCGGGCUCGCUCUCGCUCCUCCCUCGUGAGCUAUCCGGGUAUUCCCAGCGGCGACCGGGCCCAAUCUGUGCACAUUUCCGCAGAUGAAUACAAGACCAUUACAGAUCUCGUUGAGUUGGCCAAGAAAUUUCUCGAGAAGCAACAAAGCGACGACAUCUCGACCUCGUCGACCGAAAGUAGCUCUUUUGACGUCUCCAAGCCUCCAAAGGAAGGCGGGCCCCUCGACCCCUUUAGCACCAACUUCGACGCCCGGGAAUGGGCCAAGUCCUUUUAUCGCCUCCGCUCUGAGAGCUGCCAGGUGCGCAAGGCGGGUGUGGCCUUUCGCAAUCUGAGCAUUUUGGGCUACGGGUCCGACACGGCGUUCCAGAAAACGGUGGGCAAUGCGUGGUGGCUCAAGGCCGUCGCGGCUGUGCGUGGGUUGUUACGUAUGAAGCGUCAACAGGUGCGCAUCCUGCAUGAUCUCGAGGGGGUGGUUAACGACGGCGAGAUGCUGUGUGUACUGGGUCCGCCGGGCAGUGGAUGUUCGACAUUCCUGCGGACGAUCGCUGGAGACACGCAAGGCACGCAGAUGGGGGAGAAUGCCUACCUUAACUAUCGCGGCGUGAGUGCCGAUGAGAUGAAGCGCUAUUUCAAGGGCGACGCCAUCUACACUGCCGAGGAGGACGUUCAUUUUCCGACCCUCUCGGUAGCGGACACGCUCUUCUUUGCCGCACAAGCGAGGGCGCCUAAGACCCGUCCCGGGGGGCUCACGACGGACGAGUACGCACGGUGGGUGCGCGACGUGACCAUGGCCAUGUUGGGGAUUCAGCACACGAUGCAGACACCCGUCGGCGGCACGGACGGCGACACGGUGCGUGGGGUGUCGGGCGGCGAGCGCAAGCGCGUAAGCAUUGCCGAGGCGGCGCUGAGCUUUGCACCGAUCCAGUGCUGGGACAAUAGCACGCGAGGGCUCGACAGUGCCGCGACUGUCGAUCUCUGCAAGACCCUACGAGUCCAGAGUGACAUCAUGGGCAUGGUGAGCGCGGUGGCCAUCUAUCAGACCCCGCAGAAGGCCUACGAGAUGUUUGACAAGGUCCUGGUUCUCUAUGAGGGACGACAGAUUUACUUUGGCAAGACGACGAAAGCCAAAGCCUAUUUCCAGCGGUUGGGCUUCGUCUGUCCAGGGAACCAAACGACGCCGGAUUUUCUGACGUCCAUGACCAGCCCAGCCGAACGUCAGGGUAUCGUCAAGCCGGGCUACGAGGCAAAAGUCCCGCGCACCUCUGAUGAGUUUGCCGAGGCGUGGCGAACAAGCAGCCUCCGGCACCAGCUCAGUCAGGAAGUGGAUGCCUAUGAUGCAUCCUUUGGCUUGAACAGUUCGCGCACCCACUAUGCCGACUUCCUGGCGAGCAAGAAAAGCGACCAGUCAUUGCUGCAGCGAUGGAAGUCACCCUAUACCAUCUCGUAUCCACGGCAAGUUUUACUGUGUCUGUGGCGCGCCCUCGCGCUGCUCAAGGCUGCGCCGCAGAUGAUGGUGUCGAUGUUCAUCAUCAACUUGUUCCAAGCGCUCAUCGUGGCCAGCGUCUUCUUCCGGCUGUCCGACACGGCCGAGUCCAUGAAGGCGCGCAGCACGCUCCUUUUUACGGCUGCACUGGUUAAUGCCUUUGGGUGCGUGCUCGAGGUGUCGGCGUUGUACGCCAAGCGCGCCAUCGUCGAGAAGCAUGUACGAUAUGCCCUGUAUCACGCCUCGGCCGAGGCCAUUGCAGACCUGGUCAUGAGCUUGCCUUACAAGCUGCUCAACGCCAUUAUGGUCAACACCAUAUUCUACUGGAUGUGUAACAUGCGCACGGAAGCCGGAGCCUUUUUAUUCUUUGUGCUGGCCCAGUUCGCCAUGACGCUAUCUGUGAGCUUGCUUUUCAGGCUCCUUGCUUCUGUGACCAAGAGCCACGCGGAGGCCAUGGCACCGUCGACCAUAGUUCUGCUUGCGCUGGCGCUAUACACUGGUUUCGCGGUCCCGCCGAUGUAUUACAAGCCGUAUGCUAGGUGGAUUGCCACGCUCAGCCCCGUGGCGUAUGGAUUCGAGGCCCUCAUGAUCAACGAGUUCGGUAACGGGCGCAACUUUCCAUGUACGGCCUUUGUACCAUCUGGACCGACCUAUGACGAUGCGGGUAUGACAGCCCAGACGCACGUGUGUGCCGCCCAAGGGGGUGUCGCGGGCGCCACAUUGAUUGACGGGAGCGCGUACAUCACCGGUGCGUUUGGGUAUCGGGACAGUCAUCGUUGGCGGAAUGUCGGAAUCAUUUUUGCGUUCGCGGCGGCCUACUUCGUGCUGCAUCUCGUUGCCACAGAAUUGGUAAUAAGCAAGAAGAGCAAACACGAGGUGCUUGUUUUCCCAAGGGGAAAGGUUUCGAUGAGGCGGGCAAGAGACGUGGAGGACCACACCACCAAGGGAUGGACAGAGGCACCGAACACGACCACGAGCACGCCCACGGCUUCCAUAUCCGGCAUGCCUGUUGUGCCCGUCUCUACGAAAGGGGGCCAUGGGGAAAAUGAGAUUGCGGGCAUGUAUCCGUACACUCAUGGUGGUUCUCCGACGACAAUGAGGACUAGCAAGGUGUACUAUAGGGCUUCUGCUAGCAGAAGCAGGAUUCCUACGGGCAAGACCCGGAACUCGCCAGCGCAGGAGCGAGACAGGUUUGAGAACCGUAGCGGCGGCAAUGAUGAUAACGACGAGUGGGGCAUCGACCGCCAGACGGCCAUCUUCCACUGGCGCAAUGUCUGUUACGAUGUCAAGGCCAAGAAGAAUGAGACGAAGCGCAUUUUGGAUUGUGUGGAUGGAUGGUGUGAGCCGGGAACGCUCACUGCGCUCAUGGGCGUAUCGGGCGCCGGCAAGACCACUCUCCUCGACGCCCUCGCCUCGCGCCUGUCCACCGGCGUGGUGACGGGCGAGAUGCUGGUCGACGGCGCCCCGCGCGACGCAUCCUUCCAGCAAAAGACGGGCUACGUCAAGCAGCAAGACCAGCACCUCCUCACGUCGACGGUACGUGAGGCCCUCACUUUCAGCGCCGUCCUCCGCCAGCCGGCUCGGUUUUCCCAUAAGGAAAAGGUUGCGUAUGUCGACAAGAUCAUUGACAUUCUGGGCAUGGAAGAGUACGCAGAUGCCGUCGUUGGCGUGCCCGGAGAGGGUCUGAAUGUUGAACAGCGAAAAAAACUGACCAUUGGUGUUGAGCUGGCCGCCCGUCCAGCACUUCUUCUAUUUUUGGAUGAGCCCACCUCGGGUUUAGAUUCGCAGACGAGCUUGUCGAUUUGCACUUUGCUCGAGACACUGAGGGAGAGUGGGCAGGCUAUCUUGUGCACGAUUCAUCAGCCGUCAGCAAUUCUGUUUGAGCGGUUCGACAGGCUCCUUCUCCUUGCCCACGGCGGACGGACUGUCUACUUUGGCCAGAUUGGACGCAACGCCAACGUUCUGGUCAACUAUUUCAUCCGCCAUGGCGGGCCACGUCCUCACAAGGGGCAGAACCCCGCCGAGUACAUUCUCGACCAAGUCCGCGCCAGCGGGAAUGGGAAAAACGCCAUAGACUGGCCCGACACAUGGCGGCAGAGCACCGAGUUUGAAGAGGUCAAGGCCUACCUGGCCCAGCUGAAAGGAAGAGAGCAUGCCGCGAGGUCGCAGCGCACGAAACAACAGCAGCAGGACGAUCCCCCCUUCGCUGCUCCCUUGGCCAUCCAGCUCUCCGAGGUGACCAGGCGUUUGGCCCGACAUAAUUGGCGCUCCCCGAGCUAUAUCUAUGCAAAGAUACUGUUGACAUUUGGCGCAGCCCUCUUCAUCGGCCUCUCGCUGCUCAACCUGCCCAACACGCAGGUGGGCAUCACGAUUCAGACCAUCGCUAUCUUCAUGUUCCUCACGACGCACCUUAAUCUGGUACAACAGAUUGUACCCGUCUUCGUGGCGCAGCGCACGCUCUAUGAGGGUCGUGAGCAGCCCUCACGCACGUACUCGUGGGCCGCAUUUAUGGGGGGGCAGAUAGCCGUCGAGAUGGCCUACAACGCGGUCAUGGCUGCGCCAGCGUUCCUGGCAUGGUACUAUCUCGUCGGGCUGAACCGCAACGCGGCAGAGACCAACGACGUAGCCCCGCGUGGCGGGCUAGCUUUUUUAUUCAUGCUCGUCUUCUUCCUGCAGGCCAGCACCUUUGCGCACAUGAUCGGGGCGUGGUUCGACCUCGCCGACCAGGCCGCCGGCAUCGGCACUCUUAUAUUUCUCGUAAUGUUCAUCUUCAACGGCAUUCUCGCGACGCCGCCUCGCUUCUGGGUUUGGGUGUAUCGCGUUAAUCCGUUCACUUACCUCGCCGAGGGGCUAUUGGUCACAGGGCUCGCGAAUGCGGGCAUACACUGCGAGAAGAACGAGUUUCUGCGCAUGAAUCCGCCACCCGGGCAGACUUGCGGCCAGUACUUGCAGACAUACAUCGCCCAGGCGGGCGGAUAUCUUGCUGACCCGGCCGCCGCCGGAAAUUGCAGUUUCUGUCCGACGAGCAACACAAAUGAGGUGUUGUCUGGGGUGCAUGUUGAGUUCCGCAAUCGCUGGCGCGACUUGGGCAUCUUGUUUGCGUUCGUUUUUUUCAACGCCAUAGCUGCCUUUGCUUUAUACUGGAUCCGUGUGCCCAAGCCCAAGAAAGAGAAAGAGGUCAAAAAAUCAUCAACAUCACGCCAAGAUGGCAGCAAUACAAAACCUCCUGCAGAGACUCGGGAUAAUCUCACAUGGAAAGAAGCGCGAGGCGGUGCUGAAAAUGGUUCGCCAAAGCUUCCGUGGGACAAGGCUGAGAAACGGGCGAGCAAAUCCUUCCAGGCCACCCAUGCCAGGAAGGUAUUGGGAACGCUUCGGUCGUCCAUCAGCGGCAGUAUACAGGGGCUCGGGGGCAGUGGCAAGAGGUAUUGGGACGAUAAUUUGGAUGAUACUGACGAUACUCAGGCACUUGAUCAUGAAGUAGAAGGACAUGAGGAGGGACGGAAAGAGGAGGAUUUGAGUGAGGGUGAAGAGUGGGAUCAGGACGUCCCUAUAGGCUAUUUCUCGAUGCAAAAAAUGCCGGCGACUCCUCAAUAUUGGAUUUGA